AUGCUUUUCCCCUUGCGAUCCCCGCGUGCGUCAUGCCGGCUAGCCGAACCAAAUCCUUCGAAGAGCAUUAAGUUAAGCCCGGCGAGGCAGAGGCUUGUCGAUGAUAUCAUUGCACUCUACAGCUGCCUGCCAGCCGUCGAGCACGUGAAACGCUAUACACCCGACUAUGUCUAUGACGACCAAUUCGUGUACGCCAAUGACCGCUACAAGAUGGCCGGGCAACAAUUCGCGCUCCCCAAGCUCUUCAAGGCCUCCACCAACGAAAGCUACGAAGUCAUUCGAUCCGACGAUGACCUUAUUCAAUUCAAGAACAAGCAGUCCCUAGACCUGGCGACCAGAGACAGCGAGUUUAUGCAGAUUAAGUAUCACAAAGAUCAGGCGAAUGAGAAGGACUGUAGCCACGAGGGCCUGGGCUUCUCAUUCAAGAAAUGGCAAGCGAACAAUGUGUUUAAAGCGGAUGAAGAUGCGGCGCAAGAGCACGUGAGGAAGUAUGGUACGGGAACAGCAGACGGUAAUGCGCCGAAGCGGGAUCUCACGUCGUGA